GGAGAUUGGUCUAGGCACCAGCGCUCGCCCUUUAACAUCGUUCCCAAAACCCGCAUUGGCCCAGCCCACUGGGAGCGUCAUAGUCAUGGUGUCACUUCGAUUUCUCGCAACUGUAGCACUGCCGUGUAUCGGUGCCGCCCUCACUCCUGCGGCUGUCUACGAUGCUGGCUAUGGCACCUCCUGGCCCAUCCACCUCGGCAUCGGCAACGGAGGCGCCGGCCAGAGCGGCCUGAUCGAAGCCCUCGCCAACGCCUUCAUCGAAGAUAGCGUCUCCAAUGGAUCCGAGCCGUUCCGAGUGGCGUGGUACCAAAGCGACACCACGUACAGCAUCAAAAACCUGGAGGACGGACUCAUCGACGUGGCCAUCACGUAUAGUCCGGCGGCUGAAAAGAUCGCCAUCGACCAGGGAAUCGCGCUCGAACCCAGCUACUACGCCUUCCGGGACCACUUUCUCAUUGUCGGCCCCCCAUCCAACCCGGCCAACAUCUCAUCCGAGUCUGACGUCUAUACCAUCUUCUCCGACCUGCACCAGGCUGCCGAGGCGGCAAACUCGACUCCGCCGGUGAGGUUCUUGAGCCGCUACGACAAGUCAGCGACCAACAUCAAGGAGUCGGUCCUGUGGGCCAGCAUUGGACAGGUACCAUGGGCAACGGCCUACUCGACCUGGUACCACCAAUACAUCACGUUUCCCAUCCAGGCCCUGACGGCGGCCAUCCUGCUCGACGAGUACACGCUCACCGACAGGGGCACCCUCCUCUCUCUGCCCACCAACCUGAUGAGCAAGACGACCGUGUACAAGGCCUCGACCGACGAGGCCGACGACCCGCUGCUGAACCCAGCGCACCUGCUGAUCGGCGCCAAGGCGGCCAACGCCGAGACCGCCCAGAGCUUUGCGGACUGGCUCGUCAGCCCGGCCGGCCAGGACGUUAUCAAGGGCUUCAAGAAGAACGGCGAGCAGUUAUAUAGCCCGGCGCCCUAAUUAGAGGAGCAGUAUG